AUGCUGUACGAACCCUCAUCACCAACAGCGGCCUGCCACAUCCUCCCGGCCGGCCUAAUCUCCAAGCCGCUGCCGCUAACCCCGUAUCGCGGCGCAUUACCGGCUUUAGGCGAUGGCGGCGCCGCCGCCGCCGCCGCCGCCGGCACCAACCCCGUGGCCGCCGCGGCAAUCGCAGCCGCAGGCGGCGGCUCCGCCGCCGUAGGCGGCGCCGGACGCCACCACCACCUCCCCGCGCCGCCGAUAUGGGACCAGGCCCUAGAGCUUGAGAAGCGACUGCGUGCCGAGCUUCGUAAGAAGAGCUUCUGGGAUCACGACGUCCGCCGCCUGCGUGGCGCGCUUCAGGGCACCUACGAGGCGCUGCUGUUCGGUCACUACGAGUUCUCAUGCGCACACGAGGUGGAACCUAACCUGUGGAAGGCCGUGUUUUACAAGCCCAUAGAGGAGUUUCGGAGCCGCACGCGGGCGCUGGAGGCGCUGGCCAAGGGCACCGCCGCUGCUGCUACCGCCGCGGCCCCGGCCGCCACCACCACCAUCUCGCCGAACGGCGCCGGCGUGUCGCCGCCAGCGCCGGCGGCCGCGGCCGUACAGCUGGCCACGCCGGAGGAGGCCCGCGCGCAGCUGGCACGUACCACGGGGGCCUACUUGCGGUUUCUAGACGACGCGCUGGCGUUUUACCGCAAGACUGUGUGGAAGCUGCAGUGGGUGCAUGGCAGCGUGGGCGCGGUGGUGGAUUUAGACGCGGCGCUGCAAAAUGAGAUACAGGAGUGCGUGCCGCGAGCUACGGGACCGCGGGCGCCGGAGGUGCGGCAGUCUGUGCACCGCUGCCUCAUCUAUCUGGGCGACCUUUGCAGGUACCAGAGCAUGGCCCUGAAGGAGCGCCCAACGUCGGCGAGGCCGCUGUGGGAGCGUGCCAUGUCGUACUACCGCCAGGCGGCUCGCGUCCUGCCGGGGUCUGGCAAUCCGUACAACCAGAUGGCCGUGAUGUCGUACUACACCAACGACGAGCUGCGGGCAGUGUACUAUUAUUUCCGCAGCCUGGCGGUGGCGAUGCCCUUCGCGACCGCCCGGGAAAAUUUGAUGCUGCUGUUUGAAAAAAACAGAAACAGGUACGGCAGCAUAGCCGCUUCACACGCGGCUGCGGCGCUGCAAGGCGGCCAUGAAGGCGGUGAUUCGCGCGCGGCCGCGGGGCACGUGGCUGACGUAUCUGUACGAUUUGUACGACUGCACGGCAUGCUUUUCGACAAGAUUAACCUGCACCAGUUUCCGGAAGUGCUGGCGGCGGCGAUGCAUGACUUGGAGGCAUUGCUCGGUCAUCCUGGCUGCCGUACCAUCCUUCAAAAGGCCCCCGAGGCCGACCAACUUCUCUUCCACCUAGCCAUUAUGAAUAUCUUUUCCGUACACAACGUCACGACCGGCGGCGGCGUCACCGGCGGCGGUGACACCUCCGCCAGUUACGCCGCUGCAGCGAAGCGCGCGGAGCUGCUUUGCUACGCCCUGGCAGUAGCGAUGCGGUUUGCGGCGGCGGUGACGGCGGUCACUGCAAGCAUGGCUGGCGCCGCCGCUGCCGCCGGCGGCGUCGGCGACGUGGAUACUGGUUUCGGGGCGGUGUCGACGGCCUGUCACGUAAUGCUUGCGUGGAUGGUUUCCAACCCGGAGGUGCUGAGUCCGAAGCCGCCAGGUAUGGCUGGCGCGGCGGCGGCGGCGGCCGUCGCUGCUGGCGGCGGCGGCAGCGAGGCUCCGCCGGAGGUGGUGGCGGAGGUGACGGCACGCAGCUCGUUCCUGGUGGCGGCUGCCCGCCUGGCGUCCCACCUGUCGGACCUGACGCGGCGGCGGGCGCACGACCAAGACUGGCAGGACCCCGCUGUACGGCACCGCAGCCUGCCGGAGGAUUCGGAGCUGGUGGGUUUCGGCCCCCUCAUGCCCGUAGUCACCGUGGCCGCGACGUGGCCUGCGGCUUCCGAGGCGUCUGGCGGUGCGGCAGUCUUGGCGGUGCGCGUUGCGCGGAUGCUGCAGGCCCUAAGGCCACCGCCGCACACACGUAUGGGCCACAGGCUACUGCCUCGCACGGCGGCCACCAAGGCCAGCAUAACGGCUACACGCCCGGACAUCAGGGACACGGGCAUGGACAUGGACACCAGGCAGCAGCACCAGCACCAGCAGCAACAACAACAGCUGUCCGGUUCGCCACAUCCCUCUCCGCCGCCGCCGCCACUGCCCCGGAUGCUGAACGGCAGCGGCGCUGCCGCAACCGCCGUCGCCGCCACUACCAUGGCCAGUGCCAAUAAUGUCGCGCGUAAGGCCCAACAAUCCGGGCCAGGGCCAGGACAGCCCGCCGCCACAAUUCAACGCCAUCGCACCUCCAAUGGGGAUUCUCCGACGGCGGCGGCGGCAGCGGGUGCUACCGGCGGCGGCAGCACCGGCCACGGCGGCGGAAGGGCCGCUGCUGGCAGAGGCGGUGACGAUGACGUGGCGGAGGACGAGAUUGUGUACCAGCCGCCGCGACCAGGAUCUGCGCUACCGCGUCCCUUGAGUGUGGGCAAUGGUCUACAUCGGCGAAGCAGUAGCGGCGGCGGCGGCGGCAGCAGCACUGCCAUCGGCGACGGCGGCGGAACGGCGCUGCACUCGCAGGACGGCCGAUGCUUGCUGUCGAAGCAACCCAGUGGCAGCAGCGCCGCACCGCCCAGCCUCAUCCCCAGCCGCGACGCCUCCAGGGACGGCUCCUCCUCUCUCUUCCUGCGCUCACCCUCGGUCCUUAGCACCGGCGACCUGGCUAACGCUGGCGGCGCCCCAGCGGCGGCGGCACCGGGCGCUGUCGCGGCGGCGGCGGCGGCGGCGGCAGCUACGCCGUGGCCGCCGCAAGGCCUCCUUUUGAAUGUAGGAAACCUGAGCGGCAGCGGCGGCGGCGACGGGGGCCGCCGCAGCGGCAGUGGCUUGGCUAGUCCGGCCUCCGGGUACGGCGGCGGCGGAGGUACGCUGCCGCCGUCGCCGCAGGAUCAGCAGCUCCAACCGACACCCUCAUUCCUCAAUCCUCAUCCUCAUGCUCACCCGCCUGUGCAGCAGCAGCUGCUGCUGCCGCACCCGACCUUUCAGCGGUCAUCUCAGUCUGCGUACCAUCAGGAGCAGCCGGGGUGGGGAGAUGUGUUCACAUCGGGGGGCAGCGGGGGAGGGGGUGGCGGCGGUUCGGGGACGGGCAUGGCGCCGGCACCUGCAACAAACACGGCGGCGGCGGCGGCGGGGCCCCCUCCGGCAGGAUCGUUGGCACGGCCGACGUCGCCGGCGGUUGGCGAACUUCCGGGCGCGGGUACCAUUGGUCUGUUGCAAAACUUGCUACACGGUGGUGGCGGCGGAGGCUUAGCGUCGCACUCGGCGGCGCAAAUGCAAAGUGGACGCCGUAUCUCCGCCGGCGGCAGCGUUACGCCAGGGGUUCCGUCCGUCCCGUCGGCCGGCUUUGCUGCCGAUACCUCCAACAUAGCAGGCGGCGCCGGUGGCGGCAGGCCUGCAAGCAGCGGCAGCAAUGCCGUACGACGUCUUCCAUCCGCUGCUUCGCUGGGCGGGCCUGCCGGCGCCGCUUUGCAGCGGCCCGCUUCUGCUGCUGCUGCUGCACCGGCGGUAGCGGCAGGUCCCGCCGCCGCGACGACGGCGACGCCGGGCUUGCUCCCACAUCCUACGCAAGUUCUCCAGCUCGACCAUUCGCCGCCGCCGCCGCUGCAGCAGCAGCAACAGCUGCUACUGCAGCAGGGGCACGAGCCAUCACUGCCGUCAACGUUGACGACGUCGACGACAGGGAUACCUACGGUUUCCGCGCCCUUUGCCGGACUGCCCGCGUCCCUUCAGCAACGCGCUCAACAACAACAGCAGCAGCAGCACCAGUAUGGUUUUCUGGGUCAUGGCCAGGGGGGUGUUUCUGGGAUGUUGCUGCUGACGGCGGAAGGGCAGCCGCCGCCACGGCCUUCAGCCGCGGCCGCGGCGGUGGGCUUGGGGCUGGGCCGGGGCCCCGGUCCAGGGCAGGGGAUUACAGGGCCGUUGGAGCUGCCGUACGACGCGUUUACACAGCCACAGGGGGCCAUGCAUUUCGGCGGUGUGCCUGGCGGCAACAGGAGCGCUGGCGGCGGCACCACCACCAGCGCCGCCGCCGCCGCCGCCACGUUCUCCGGGCUGCCUGUGCCGCUCGGUGCUCAACAUUCGCCUAGCGGCGCCGUCACCACGACCGCGGCACAGGGCCAGCUGUGUUGGCCCGCUGGCGGCGGGAGCGGCAUCGGAGGCGGUCUGGACGUGUCGUCGUACUUCAACGUUGCAGCUGGCAAUUACCAGGCAGCUGCACUUGCAGAGGCGACAGCGGAGGCGACAGCGGUGGCCAUAGCGGACGAAUUGUUGCAGGCUAUGGAUGAGGAUGAACUCGGCGCCGCGGGUCGGAACGGCGGGGGCGGCGGCAAUGGUGGCGGCUUCGCCUCGCCAGCGUGCCGUAGCAGCGGUAGCGGUAGCGGGGCCGGCUUCGCCGGCGGCAGCGGCGCCGCCGCUGCCGCCAUCGCCGCCGCCGCGACGGGCCGCGCUAGGAUCUCCUGCGACGGUGACGGCCCUGCUACACUCGGCGCCUGGACCGGGGCCACGACAGGGCUGUGCGAAAUCCAGGCGCCUCCGUUGAAGAACCUGGAGGGCUUUGGGUCCUGGGGUGUAGUUCCGGCGGCGCUUCCGGAGCGUCUGGGCGAGUAUCACCAGCGGCUGCGGUGCAGCAGCGGCGUGGAGGCGCGGUCGCCGCCGCUGGUCGGUCAGGCACCGGGUCCUCCGUGGGAGCAGCACGCCACGGCUGUGGGAGCUGCCGCCGCCGCCGCCGGCGGUGUCGGAGCUCGACAGGUCUCCCUGCCUGGAGCGGUUCAGUUCCUACAGCACGUCUCACCUCAUCAGCAGGCUACCACGGCGGCUAUCCCCACACCACGCCCCAUCCCGCCCAUUACAAAACGACCCACAUCGUAUACGUCCAUAGCCCCGCCUAUCCGCAUAUCGCUUCCGUCCACGUCCACGUCCGCGGUCGCACUUUCCACUACUCGCCAGCAUCAUUACCCCACUCGCCCACCUACUCCGCUGCUCAUCCGCGCGACAUGA